AUGGUUGAAGCAGACUUGAGUGAGAUCCAAGCCAAUAAUUGGUGGGAAAUCGCGCAAGAUCGUGCAAAGUGGAGAAAUCUUGUUUCGGAGGCCAAGACUCACUUCGGGUCACUGAGCCAGUUGAAUAAGUGCAGCUUGUCUUGCCAAGGAUCGUCAUCCGGACCAACUUUCUUACCCGGUCAAAAAUACACAUAUGGAGUCGAAGGAUCAGUCUCGGUUUAUCUGACCGGAACAGAAAAACAGGAGACCAGUGUCAAGAUCUUCGGACAGGUGUCCGUUACCUCGGCUGGUAACUGCGUACUGUCAUUGAAGGUCUACUCUCUAGCAAUAUCUGGACCAGAUGGAAAGAAAUACUCAGCGCCUAACGGCAUCGAGAAGCCCGUUAAGUUCAGUCUUCAAGAUGGCCGCGUGGGAGCCGAAAUCUGCACUGAACCAGAUGACACCCGCGCUUCUCUUAACAUCAAGAGAGCCAUCAUCUCCAUGCUGCAGACAGAGCAAAAAACUUCCACUCAGACGGAUGUCUUUGGAUCAUGCCCAACUGAAGUGUCAUCGUCUCAAGAAGGAUCAGCUGUGCUCGUACACAGAAGCCGUGACCUCAGCAGGUGCGCCCACAGAGAGCAAACCAAGAACGAACUUAUCAGUGCCAUCUAUAACCCUAAUUCUCAAAUCAAGAGCACGCAGAUCUUACAAUCUAUAUUAAACGUUGAGUCCAAGGUGAACAAGGGAAUACCAGAAAAAGUGUCCGCAGUCGAACAGUACUUGUACAAACCCUUCUCCGUCGGAGAGAACGGUGCAAGAGCUGAAGUCAAUACCAAACUUACUCUUACUGGUACUUCGCAAGGCGCUCCUGAAGGCAACUGCCCUGAAAGCCGCACCAUCAUCUUCGAGAACCCGCACGAAUCUGACGCAUCACACAGCAACUACGAAAACGUAUUCAAGGCUGUCAAAGAGACUUGCAAAUCCCUUGGAAACAAAGCUGGCUACAAAUCUGCUGGUAUAUUCGCUCAACUCGUUAGGGUUUUCCGCAGCGCUAACAAGGAAGAUUUACUGAAAGCAUUCGGGCAAAUCAGGGGCAACAACUUAGAAAAACGCGUCUUCCUGGAUGCCCUUCUCCGUGCAGGCACUGGCUACAGCAUUGAAGCCUCCAUACAGAUUCUCAAGAGCAAGCAACUAAGCCCUAUUGAAGAAAAGAUUGUAUUCCUCUCACUUGGCAACGCGAGACACGUCACAAGCGAUGCUAUUAAGGCUGCUGCUGGUCUCCUUGACAUUUCUGACUUACCAAUAAACGUAUACCUCGGAGUCGGUGCCCUUGCUGGUACUUACUGCCGUGACCACAACUGUCAUGAUGAGAAGAACGAAGGCAUCGUUGCUCUCAGCAAGAAGUUGGGUGCUAAACUGCAGAACUGCAAGCCUAAGAACAAGGUUGAUGAGGACAGUAUUGUAGCGGUAUUGAAGGGUAUCCGUAACAUCCGUCACUUGGAAGACAGUUUGAUCGACAAGCUCGUCCACUGCGCCAACGACCACAACGUGAAAGCUCGCGUCCGCGUCGCCGCCCUUGAAGCCUUCCAAGCUGACCCUUGCGCUACUAAGAUCAAGAGAACUGGUUUAGAUCUUAUGAAGAACCAUCAACUGGACUCCGAGAUCCGCAUCAAGGCGUACCUCGCCGUCAUCCAGUGUCCUUGCGGAAAAUCCGCCAACGAAAUCAAAAACUUAAUUGAAAAUGAACCUGUACACCAAGUUGGCCGUUUCAUCAGCACCUCCCUUCGUCACAUCCGUGCCUCCGCAAACCCGGACAAACAACUCGCUCGUCAGCAUUAUGGACUUAUUGGAAUCCCCAACAAAUACAACAUCGAUGACAGGAAAUACUCCUUCUACCGUGAAAUGAGCUACAACGUCGAUGCCCUUGGUGCUGGAGGAAACGUGGAAACGUCAGUCAUCUACUCGCAAGAUUCCUUCUUGCCGAGAUCCGUCAAUCUGAACCUUACCGCGGAACUGUUCGGACACAGUGUAAACAUUUUUGAGAUCGGCGCACGUCAAGGCAACCUGGACCGUGUUGUGGAACACUUCCUUGGCCCCAAAAGCUUCCUCCGAACUCAGAAGCCUCAGGAGAUCUAUGAUAAUUUGAAACAUAAAUUCGAAGAGUCCUACAAGAAGGUCGACUCUAGUGUAAGAGGACGUCGCUCUGUCAAGAGCGAAAUUGACAACUUCGAUAGACAAAUAAAAGCUGAAUCCGCACCUUACAACAACGAGUUAGACUUGGACGUCUACAUCAAACUGUUCGGAACCGAUGCGGUGUUCCUAUCCCUCGGAGAUGACAAGGGCUUCGACCUCAACCAUUUCCUCGACGAAUCCUUGAAAUCCGUAAACGAAGGUUUCGACAAGAUGAAGAAUUUCCAGCAAGAGCUUCGCGGACACAUUCUGUUCAUGGACGCCGAAUUGGCUUACCCAACAUCCACUGGUCUCCCUCUAAAACUAGACGCGAUUGGAGCAGCCACUGCACGUGUAGACAUAGCUUCAAGCACAGACAUCCGCCAGAUUAUCAGAAGCCCAAAGAACGCUAAAGUUGAUUUCAAACUAGUACCGAGCUCUGAUGUCGAAAUCUCUCUCGUUAUGCUGGUCGACGCUGACUGCCUAUCGACUGGUCUCAAAGUUGUGACCAACUUGCACUCUUCAACCGGUGGACAAGUAGUCGCAAAGGUUAUCGGAAAUGGUCAAGGUUUUGAGCUCCAAUGGGGUCUCCCAAUAGAUAAACAAGAAAUUCUGACUGCGUCAAAUGAUUUGGUAUUCUUUACUGCUGAAAAGGGUCAAUUAGAAAAGCAGAUACCCAUCAAAACUGGUUCUGAAAAGAACGAAUACUCUGGUUGCUUCGAUCAGCUCUCUGGAGCACUGGGUGUGACUCUCUGCGGACAAGUAUCGGUACCGUUCUCAAUCUCUGGUCAAAACGCCCAAAGCUCGAUCUCACAGUAUCUGGCUCGCUACCCUCUCACAGGAUCAUCUAAAGUCAACCUUGUACUGGAGAAAAACGAUCUCCGAGGAUAUUACAUCAAGGGUCUCGUUCAUAAUGAAGGAGGAAGACGUGGCCUCGAAUUGCUUUUUGAGGCACAAGGAUCCAAAAACGGCCGUGCCCAAUUCCUUGGCGAAAUUGUGAACACUUCCGAAGAGAAAACGAUAAAGGCUAGCCUCGAAUCACCAAUCAAAAAAUUAUUCGGUCAAGUGUCACUUAACACCAAACCAAACGACUACUCCUUGAUGGUGAAAGCACAAAUGGAUCAAAUUUCAUACUACGGUCGAGCUGGAGUCAACAUCGAUGGUAAUGACAGAAGAUCAGUUUGGAGACCAAUCCUGGAGUACCAGUUCCCUGGAGAUGGAAAGAAAAAUAUCAAGGUCGACGGGCAAAUCACUAAGGAAGUUAACGGGCCUGUUACUAGAUACACUCUCGAUGGUGUCAAGUUCAACAUUCCCAACUCAAACGAGCCAGUCAACAUUGAAGGGCACUUCAAACAGGAGCCAAGAUCUUUCGAAACUGACCUUAAGCUUAAGAAGGGUCAACAAAACGUAUUGAUUAGCGGCUCCCUAAAGGGCAAUGACUUUAAGGCAGAUUUCAUGAACACAUUGAACCCCUACAUCAACUUUAAGGCUACUGGACAUAUUGAAAAUGAUGAAAACGUACUGCACAAUGACAUCGAUGUGUACUACAGCGGGGACUGCCGCAACCCACAGAACCGAAUCACUUUAAACCAAUUGUAUAAACGACACUUCACAUCAUCUGAGGACUUCAACAUCAUCACUAAGAACAAAUUCGAAAUCCACGCAUUACCUUUGAAAGUGAAACUGGAAUUAGAAUCGGAUCCCAAAAAAUUAGAAAUCGACGUUGGAGGUGUUUACUUAGACAAAAAGGCUAACUUCGAACUUGACGCCCGUAGAAACAUGAAAAAACCCGGAGACUACAAAAUCAAAUGGUCCUUGGACGUCGAUAAGCAAUCGAUUGAGGCGCUUAUCAAAAGAGACGUCGUUUCCGCUGAUAAGUCAAACUUGGAAAACUAUAUUGACUUUAAGAAUGUCGGUAAAUACGAACUCUCUGGAGUUGUCCUGCACAAGCUGAAGGAACAUGACACGAAUAUUGGUGCCGUCGGUCACUUGAAGAUUUCUGGCACUGGCAAAGAUGAGGAUAUUAAAUUCGAUAUUGGUGCUGUUGAGACCACGAACCUGUACUCCUCCCACGCCACAAUCUCCACCUCAAAGGGCCAGAUCCUCGACUACCUGCUGAAGAUCAACACUGGAACCAACCCCAACGGACAGCUAAAGUUCAACCUCAAAGACGCCAUCUCUGCCAAUGGACAGUUCCAAGUUACUGAUAGCGACGGUAAAGGAAAUGGAAACAUCAUUAUUAACUUUAAGAAGGCGGAACGCGUUAUCAAGGGUGACGUAACAUUCGUCGUAAAGGAACCGACAUAUAACGCUGACGUCGACAUUUUCCUAAACUUCGAGAAGGACAACAACGAAAAACUACACUUCAGCACCGUUACCAAGAAAAGUGAUAAACUGUUCGACAGCAAGAACAAAUUGGACUACGCAGGUAAAGGAAUAGAAUUAAACGUACACAAGGACGGUGCCGUUGCUGACGCCGGCAAGGGACACUACAGCGCAGAGCUGGUGUUGCCCGAUGGGCGCUGCAUAAACAUCAAAGUUGAUCGAGAACUUUCUAUUAAGAACAACGUAUACAAUGGUCACGCUGAGGCUGUAUUUUCCGAGUCUGCUAAGCGUGGUGGACCAGCAUCUACGAUCACUUACAAGUCCAAACUGUCCAAUACUGACUUCAACAAUGCAAUCAUUGACUACGAUGGUCAGAUUGAACUGCAUCUCAAGGACGGAAAGAAUCUCCUUAACACUAUCACCUUCAAGAACACUCUUAAUGGAGACAAGUCUGAUUUAAUUUUCAAGAGCGAAAUCAGCGGUAACUUGCUGCCAAAGAAAGCUAUUAUCGACGCUAGCGCGUCUUACACCGACGUGAAACGUACAAACGACAAGUACAGAUUGAAAGCAAGCUAUGGAGAUGACCUCGCCACGGAAAUCGUUGGAGAUUUACAGAUGUACUGGCCUGAAAAGGGAGAAAAGAAAUUCUUAGAGGACUACACGAUGACUAUCCGUCUGCCCUUCGACAAAGCCCACGACAUCAAAUAUGUGGGCACUAACAUGUAUUUGGAGCCGGAAAAUGGUGCCACUGAGAUCACCGUCAUCCAAUCAUUCCAAAUCAACAGUGACCUGUACAAGUUCGAAUCAAACGGAAAGUACGAUGACAAAAAGGGUAACACCAAGGCGAAAGUUAUUGUUCCCCACGUCGACCCCAUCAUCGUCGACUCCAGCUACACCGUUGAUAUUUCCAAGGAAAAAUCAUCGGGUCAAUUCGACGUGAAGGCUCAAUAUGGUAAAGGCAAAGUGACGACCAUGUCUUUGGAAGGAGUUUCGUCAGACAAGGACGUGAACUUCAAGAUUGUGACAAACAGUCCUCACAGUGAGCGCAUCAAGAAAUUCGAACUUGAAUUCAAUGCUAAGAACCCAUCCCCUGACACAUACAACGGGGUGCUCUCUGCAUCGGCUGACUCUCGCGUGUACCGCUCAGACCUACUCAUAGUACAGUCUGCUUCACAACCUGUAUUCGACUUUAAGUACACCAGCCCUUUAUCACCCAAGACUACCAGACUGUUCUUCAAAGGCCUCUCCCUCCGCUCAACCCAAGGUCGUAUGGAAGUGAAAGUAGAGAACUUUAGGAAUUUCGACCUUGACUCAAAUGUUGAAGUGAACUUCGAAAAGGACUUCUACAUUAAGAGUCAGACCAACGCUGAAAGCAUGGGACUUAAGAAUUACCAAAUUGACAUCUCAAGCAAAGACGCUGGAAGCGGCAAACGACUCGAAUUCAACGCUGUCAACGAUGGAAAGAACGUGCUAAGUGGAAGCACAUCGUUCAUCAGCAAACAAGAGGGACCAAAAACGAUCAUUGAAGGUUCUGGAACGCUGAAAAUCAAAGAUGAGCAGAAGCCCGCUAACUUCAAGUACAUUCGCACCAUCCUCACUGAGGGUAAUGAACAAGGUGUUGAGACAUUUAUGAACGUCGCUUUCGGAGAACGCAACCAUGUAGCCGAGUCGCGUAUCACCAACCUCGAAUACAAAGCCUCGUACGUUUACUGCGAGGAGAAGAAACAAUGCGCUCACGCGGAAAUCUACUCCAAAUUCGUCACCAACAAACCAGGAAUACUUCAGCACCAAUUCAACGUGGGAGUAGACUUGCGCAAGUUGGGUCUGGCAACCGAGUUCGGUCUACAGGUUGCUAACGAGUUCUCGGAGAAGAAACUACCGCAGUACGAACUCAACCUGCACAUUAACAAAGACAGCGAAAAGGUCCACCUACACGUUUACAACCAACCGGAAGACGGAAAACUCCCAGCGGGUAUCGUCCUAACACUGCCUCAAAGGGUCCUCGCUGCUGAAUCUCUCAUCCAGUACCCAACUGGUAAAGCUCUGCCCUUCCCCAUCCGUGGAGAACUGAACCUUUACCCCGACAAGAAACGUCCUCAGACGAAGACCGGAUUCAGAUUCAACUUUGACGUUUCUGGAAACGAGAGGCAAGGAGAGGCCGAAGCUUUGUUUGCAUUCAGUCACCCGAAAAUUGGCAAGGAAGCGACUGUCAAAUUCCACGGAUCUCUGAAGAGGCCCAAUGAAAACACCCUCAAGAUCGAAUCAUCUGGAGUCAUCUCACACUCUAGUCUCGGACAGGACCGUGAAACUAAAUUCUUCUUGGAAGUCAACCCCGUUCACAUCAACUUAGUGAUCGACACACCGUUAGUGAAGAUCAUUGACUUGGAAGGAUCAGCAACACUGAAGGACAACUUACAGCAAGGAGACCUCAAGUUCAGUCUGCUCCAGGGCAAGCCGGUCGUGGUGUACGCUGUUAUCAAGGACUACCAAUACUACGAGUUUACUACUGGAUACAGUGAUGAGUCAGAACGCAAGUUAUCAGUUAUCGGUCACUUGAACCCCGAGAAACGCGUCGACGUCUCCGUAGACAUCUCACUCGGAGGACAGAAGAAGAACAUCGGUCGAGCGGCAAUUUUCGUUGAGAACAACCUUGUUAAGACCGACUAUGGUGUUUCCAAGGACAAUUUCCAUUAUUUCGUGAACGCUUUAAGGAAAGACCUGGACACUCUCCAAUCACGUAUCAAGGAACUUGGUACAAAGAGCAGCAACGAAUUCAAACAAGUUCUGAGGCGAGUCGAACCAACUUACAAGAAACUCGCAGAGGCUUACAAGGAUGAUAUUGAAAAACUCUUGGAAGAAAUUUCUAAUGACAAGUCUUUGAAGGAGGUCUCUGAAGCUCUGCACACUGUCGCCCAAGCAGUUGCUAAGAUGAUCGACGAUGUCAUCCACGUGUUGAAACCUUUAGCAGAAAGGAUUACUGAGACAAUCACAGACUUGGCAAACAAAGUUCACGACAUGUACGAACAGAAGAUCGAACCAAGCCUUAAGCAACUCUAUGAUAACAUAGCAGCUGUCGUGAGGGAAUACACAGACGUUAUUAUCGACAUCGCAGCACAUUUCUCAGCCCUCGUCAUGGACUUCUUCGAGAAACACAAGCCUGAACUACAGGAACUGACCAAUAUAUUCACUGAGAUCUUCAAAGAUCUGACUCGUAUCGUGGUGGCUCAGCUCAAGGAAUGGCGCGUAAAGUCCUCACAGUUCUUCUCGGAAGUAAUGGCACAGAUCAAAGAAUUGCCUAUCAUCGGAUUAAUUAAGGAGAAGUGGUCAGAGCUGGCAAUUCCAGAACAGUUCUAUGGAUUGGUACAAGAAGCGAUUGUCUCCCUACGUAACGUCCUUCCUACUGAAGAAUCGAAGGCCUUCUUGGACGCCCUCAACAGAUACGUGCAAAAGAAAGCCCAUCAACAAAAGUUCGACGAGCAAGCGGAACUGAAGUUGGUGUUCGAGAAGCUGAUUUCAGCCGUCACGUCACUUGUUAAGUUCGUUCGUGAACGCAUAGACUUCGAUCUACCCUCACCUGUCUUCACAGGCGUAAGUUUCAUACCUUCUCUCCCCGGAUUCUCUCCUAUCUCUUUGCCAUCGUUCAGGGGAUCAGUCGCCUUCAGCUUCAUCACGCAGCUUAUCAAUGGAGACUUCCCUGACUCUCUAACCUUCAUUAGGACCUACAGACCACGCAGUUUGAACCCACUGAACGAUAUCCCCCCUAGAUUGCGCGCGGUGGUUGUAAACGGUCAGCACAUCUUCACCUUCGACGGUCGCCACUUGACCUUCCCGGGCUCGUGCCGCUACGUCCUGGCUCACGACCACGUCGACAGGAACUUCACUCUCGUGAUCCAACUCGCCGCCGGAAGCCCCAAGGCUCUGAUUCUGGAGGACAAGAGUGGCAUCACCAUCGAGCUCAAGGACAACGGACAGGUCACCCUCAAUGGCGCUAAUCACGGUUUCCCAGUCAUCGAAGAGGACGUGUUCGCUUUCCGUCAGGCAAAUGGACGUAUUGGUCUUGGUUCCAAAUAUGGACUUAUGGUCUUCUGUUCACCCAAACUUGAGGUAUGCUACAUAGAAGCAUCUGGCUUCUACCUCGGCAAGCUUCGCGGUCUGCUGGGAGAUGGAAACAACGAACCGUUCGACGACUUCAGGCUACCCAACGGAAAGAUAACAACCUCGGAGAGUGAGUUUGGCAAUUCAUACCGCCUGACCAGCAGCUGUGCCCAAGCGCAGGCCCCCGAACACUCCAACCACCAAAUGCACCAAGCUCUGCCACCAGCGUGUGAAACCGUCUUCGGAGGAAGCUCACCUUUAAGGCCCUUGUCACUGUUCUUGGAUAUGGCACCAUUUAGACAAGCCUGCAUCCACGCCUGCUCGGGCGACUCCGCGGAAGCCCUAGAAGUGGCGUGCGACCUCGCGCGCGCGUACGGCGGCCUCGCGCUCACCGGAGCCUUACCCGCCGUGCUGCCGCCGCAGUGCGUGACGUGCACCGACAGCGACUCGCCUAAACACUUGGGAGACGUCUACGAAGUCAAACUACCCGCGAAACAGGCAGACAUCAUCGUCUCCGUUGAACUUACCACCGACAACGAAAAGAACUACAAAGACAUCGUAGUGCCGCUGGUCUCGCAACUGAUCGAUGCUUUCAAAGCCAAGCGCAUCACUGACGUGAAGGUGUACCUGGUCGGAGUCACCUCCAAGUUCCCCUACCCCAUCCUUUACGACACAGACCUGAAACUCAAGAGUGCUAAAGUGGAGUUCAAUGAUAACAGCCGCUAUAAUACGAUUGAAGCCGUCGACUUCGGAUGUGACGUCGUCAACUCCUAUGAAAGACACGUCGUCGAAUUAUUAAACACUCUCAAGAUCCAACUUGGUCUGCACAACGUGAUGUUCACUUACCAAUCGAUCCUCGACCUGCCAUUGAGACCUGGUGCUGUCAAGCACUACAUUAGCUCAGUUGGAAGCCAUUGCCUGCCACAGAACUUCUUGAUAAGCACGGUCCGUUCAGCCGUCUUCAGUCAAGUGUUUAAGAACCUUGGUAUCACGCAUUCACUCAUAGCCAAUACACCUGACCUCAAGUUGGGUGGAGGAAAACCAAUCAACCAGAUUGUUGGCUUCUCAAGCACCGGUGUGUUGAUGCUCGGCGACAAGAAGCAGAAGGACAACGAAGCACUCAGACAAACCUUAGAAUUUGGAGAUGACGGCUGCAUUGAUUUCUCACAAGAGAUGGACGGCUACACGUUCUCCGCGAGCAACUUCCAGGCGCUGAGCGCCGCCCAGCAGAAGCAGUUCGUGAAGACGGCGGCGGACGGCAUCGUGAGCCGCGCGCUGCAGGACGCCGCCGCGCAGGCGUGCACGUGCACCUACGUCGACCCCUUCCUCGCGCGCUCCGUCUGCGUCAACAGGGACCGCAGGGAGACUGCUCACCGACGAAAAUAAGCUCUCCAUCAAUCUGUGAUCCUUCUUCCGCAUCUACCAAAUACUCUUAGUCUUACUCUAACGGAUUCAGCAAGAUAAAAUUAGUAAUAUUAGGCUGAUAACAAACCAGGAUAGAAGUUCUCAAGUUUGUUGCCAGCCUAAAGACUUGAAUCCGAACAUUAUAUUAGAUUUUCCGUUUUAUUUAAUAGUUUAUUUAUAAAGUGUCAUAAUGAAUAAGGUUUUAAUUGAUUACUGUAUUAAAACAUAAUAAAGUUAUAUUAUUUA